AUGGCCAACGCAACCAUCCGCAACGCCCACAGCAUCCACGGCACCAACCCGCAACACCUCAUCGAAAAACCCAUCCGCUACCGAAUCUACUCCUCCCCCUACUGGAAGCAGCACUGCUUCGCCCUCUCCGCCUCCACCAUCCUGCCCCUCGCCACGUCGCUCCACCACAUCGGCGGUCUCAUCGGUGGUCUUCAACGUCCCUCGCACUUCCUCUGCUUACUCCAGAAGCUGCUUCAGAUUCAACCCGAUCCCUCGAUCAUCGAUGCCUACCUCGACGCUUCCGACUUCAAGUACCUCCGCGCGCUCACCGCCUUCUACAUUCGACUGACGUACGACUCUAAAAGCAUAUACGAAAAGUUGGAACCCUUGCUCGAGGACGGCAGGAAGUUGAGGUGGUGCAGAGCGGAUGGGGGUUACGAGGUGAUGUGCGUGGACGAGUGGGUGGAUAGUUUGCUACGAGAGGAGAGGGUGUGCGAUAUCAUCCUGCCGAGGUUGGUCAGGAGAGAGGUGUGUGAGGUGAGGGAUGGAUUGAUGCCGAGGAUCAGUGUGUUGGAAACAAAGCUGUUGAAGGCGAUCGAUAACGGAGGGGAGGUGGAGAGUGGAAGCGAAGAGGAGGAGGAGGAGGAGGACCAAUUGAAGGAUGUAAGGCGGUGGAAGCUGCAACGCUUGAGAGAGUUGAAGCGCAUACAGCCCGCAAAGGUGGUGCGGGAACCGGUGUACGAUGACGUGCAGGAAUACUCUUCGCAGGAAGACUCGGACGCAGAACAAAGGAGAAGAUUCGUUUCGCCCACUCCGAGCGUCUCUCCAGAUCGACAGUUGGCCGCAAACCAUUCCAGGAAUAGGAGUCGCUCGCCUGAUGCGGGAGGGCCCCCUACCAUCCUUCUUAAGCCCAUGUUGCCCCUCGUCUGCCCUGAUCAUCAUCCAAAGCGCAUCAACAUGCUUCCUCGAUGCCUUCACCUUGACCUUCUCCAACCACCUCUCCAACUUUUUCCUUCCCUUCUCGUGAUGCGACUUUCGAUGGUGCGGAGGAAACGAAAACUGAUCGUACACAGGUUUAACCAGUACCGGCGGGGCAUCUAUGUCCGCACCGAACUCUACGGGAGGUGA